AUGGCACAGACUCCAGCCCAUCUGACCAGAUAUCAUGCGGUCGCCAUCACGUUGGCCGGCCUUGGACUCGGUCUUGGACUAUACACCGUGUACACGAGCUAUUCCGAGCAGACUGCCAACAGCGCUCUCCAACGAAGUAAUGCAGCACAUCGCCCGCGACGCCAAACAGGGACUGACCAAGCUACCUCAUUUGAGUGGAUCGCUCCGAGCGACACUGCACAGCUAGGAGGCAUCAACAUCCGGCGAGGCAACCGACCGAUUACCUUUGUCUUCUUCGGUAUUACUCCAUUCCCGACAACGGAGGAUCUCCGGCGAGUUGACUCAGAUCCGGGGCACAUUCACGAGGAGCUGAAGCGAUUUUCCUUGGAUGCUGUCCUGGAAACCUUGCUUGCCUACACGGCUCGUUCAGAAGUCCCUCAGAUUGGCCCCGUGAUCGAGCGAGAAGGGUUUGACGAAAUCAUGGCCGCACUCAUUUCGCGCAACGCACCGCGAUUGCUCAGUCUUGCCCCCGAUAUCCCCCGGAUCAUGGGCCUGGGCGACGGAAGUCCGAAUGCAGAGUCUACCUCUGUUAUCAGACAAAUUGUGGAGCACGAAUCCUGGGCUACCGGACCGCGACGAGGUUCUGGAUCUGGAUCGAACAACAAUGGAAUCAAUUCCAGUGAGACAGACAUGGACAUGAUGGACAUUGCCGACCCUGAAGCAAGAGAUCCUGGUCAAGGUCUCCGUGGUCUACUGUACUACAUUGCCGAAGAGGAUGCUUCGCGCAAGGCUUACGAGCAUCGAGGUAUUCGCUGUGAAAGCUGCUCGAUAAUGCCAAUUCGUGGUAUCAGGUAUCACUGUCUGAAUUGUCCCGACUUCGAUCUUUGCGCAACUUGCGAGGCGCACGCAGUACAUCAAAAUACACAUGUGUUCGCCAAGAUCAAGAUCCCUCUUCCCGUACUUUCGCAGCCUACGAAGGAAUACAGGCUAUGGUAUCCGGGCGACCCAAGGAAGAUUUACCCCAGCUUGAACGCCACUGUGAGGAAGAACCUCAUGGAUCUUCACGGGCUCGAGGCGCCGCAGUUAGAUGCUCUGUACGAUCAGUUCACGUGCAUAGCGAAUGCGCCGUGGCGGGAGGAUCCAUCUGGCAUACGAACAGCAAUGGACCGUCGUGCUUUUGACAAGUCAAUGUCUUCGGAACGGUGGACCAAUCGAUUCGCCCCUAAUAUGCUGCUGGAUCGCGUCUUCUCCUUCUACGACACGGAUGGCAAUGGUCUCAUUGGGUUUCACGAAUUCAUCGAUGGUUUCGCAUACCUUCGUGGCCCGAAGCGCUUCGCAUCGCUUCAGCGAGCCAUUCGAGGAUUCGACAUGGACGGCGAUGGGUUCGUGGAUCGACAUGAUUUCGUCCGCCUGUUCCGAGCAAAGUAUGAGAUUCAGAAGCAAUUGAUUCGAGACUCUACCGAAGCUCAGGAACCAGAGCAGACUCGGCGAGGAUGGGAAGUCUUGAAUUCCAGCCAGCCCAUCAGUUCAAUCUUUUCAGACGAAGCGAUCCCUCAAAGCGAGGAUCGACCUAGGAGGGGCAAGCUUGAGGUGAACGGGGACAUGCGGCCGCUGAAUGGUGCGAAAGGGAAGACUAUACUGGAUGAUAACGAUCCGUUUCCACGAUGGUCCGGUGCGGCAGCCAUGGACAGAGCUCCUGCCCCGGAACAGGCACAGGACGUGCUUCGACAACAUCUUAUGGCUUUCGAAGAUCUUCUCUACAGCAGAGAGGGCGCGAGCCAGAACAUGGACCGGAUUGAUGGCAUGGCACAGGCCUUGGACCUUUCAGCGCCAGAGUCUCAAGCCAGCAGCGAAGAUGACGAACCCGAGCCCUGGAUACAGGAGAUCUUGUGGAAUGCCGCGGAAGAAGGCUACAACGAGAUGCUGAACCCUCUUUUCGUGGCGAAGGAUGUGGAGAGUCUAGAGAUCAAACGAAGCCGUGAAGACCGAAAGAAAUGGCGCCGCAAUAUUGAUGAGUAUGUUGCCAAAGAAGGCACUAUUCUUGAUCGGCUUGAGGUGGUCGAACGACCUAGGCGGGCCUUCGGCACACUGGCCCUGCGCACCGUUGAACCUGCCCAAAGUUCAGAGACUGCCGCGACUACUGAUAGACCUGGCCAAGCGCCUGUGUUUCGUGGCGAGAUUGUCCCGACAGACUGGGAGAGCCUGGCACGGUUCGAGGCAGAGAUACCUACUGCUCCACUCGAAGACUUGCUGGCAAAUAGUGGUUACGGCGUUCUUGGCGAGAACAGUCCACCAGACAACGGCCCGAGAGCAGCAUCCCUCGGAGCUUCUACCAUAUGGAAUGGCAAUCGACCUCAGACAGCGACCUCACCUCUUCGGGCAGUGCUGUCCAAUGUCGAGAAUGAGACCGAGGCGGACGUCACCAGCUCGAAAGCCUCGGAUGAAACGGAAAAGGCGGAACAGAAGCCCGAAGCACAGAUCCCAGACAUCGAACUUCCCGACGAGAAGCAGCUUCGCAUAUGGGCCAUACUGGAUGCCAUGGAGAAACAACAGGAAGAAAAUGGAGGACCAGCACGGCUGAGCUGUGCCGACGUGGAGAGAAUCAUUGUCGCGAAGAAUGAUCAGGCGCUCCGGGGUAUGGUGAAGUCAUGGCUGGAGUUUGCGAGCUUUUGA